AUGUCCUCGGGGGCCAAACCGCCCGCCAGGAAGGGGAAAGGAGGGCGAAAGGAGGAUCCGGCGAACCUCCACGUCCGUCUGCGUACAUCCUCACCGCGAUACUCAGGCAGCGCAGAAGAGGACUUGUCGAGUAUCUCGCUGGAAAGUCUUCAGAAAGACGUGGAGCAAGCGAGAGGUCGUCUGGCAAAGUGCAAAGCUGAUCGACUCUACGCUCAGCUCGAGAAGGACAUCAUCUGCCGCUUUCGGGAGGCUUGCCGGCAUAAGAGUGCUGUCUUCGAUCGCAAACUGCUCCUCCACGAUGCUCGCGUUGAGAGCCUUGUACGGCGGCACCGCGCCGAGAUCGCCGCGUACGAGCAGAAGAUUGAGAGUCUGGAGCACGCGCACAAGUUAGUCAAAAAAGAGAUCCAAACGAAGGGAGAGGAAGCUGUUUUGGCUGAAGACUCCGCUGCAGAGGCUGUGCUGAACGAGCACUACAAAUACCUCUCGAAGCUAGAGGCCACCGCGGCCAAGCAGCAAAAGUCACAGGAGCAGGAAACCGCUAACCUAGAGAACGCUUUUGAGCAGCACCUGAACAAGCUCGGCGAGAGGUUUCUACGCAUCUUCGAGGAGCUGAAAAAGAAUUACGAACUCCAGUUUGAAGAAGCUCGUCAAACUCUCGAGCUACGGGAAAAGGUGGAAGUUCAUGAAGUGGAGGAGCGGAAGAAUCUCCACAUCAAUGAGGUGAUGGCCAGUCACCGAAGCGCGUUCGAGCAGAUUAAAGCAUACUACAUUGACAUUACGCACGAUAACUUAGAACUCAUCAAGGAGCUUCGGAAAGGCAUUGCGGAAAUGAAGGCUCGUGCCAAAAUAACGCACAAGCAGAUGCAAGAGACGCAACAAGAAAAUUCGCAAUUGACCGAGCCGCUCCGUCAGCAGCAGCAACUCAAGGUGAAGCUGGAGCAGCAGCUGCGGUUCUACGUGAAAGAUAAAUUGGCCCUGCAGAACAUUCGCGCUCGAGACGCGCAGUUAGAAGAGAAGGUGAAGGCGGCAAAGCGGCAUAAUCACCAAAUGGAACAGCAGAAACACAAGCUGGAACGUGAUAUUGGGGAAUACACUAGACUUCUGCGGAACUUAAAGAGUGACACGAACAUACGAACGCAAGCGAAGAUUAUGCUUUACGAACAGAAAGUGAGCAACAUGCUCCAGUCACUGGAACAAAAGUUCCGUGAACGAGAACGUCUGGUUGCUUCAAUGAGCCUGAGUCCCGACGCAGCAGUGCAAAUGCAAGAAAUUCUCCGUCGGAGUUUUCUCGAAAAGAACGAGGAAAUCGAGAACCUGCGCGUUGAGCUACAGACCGUGGCAAAGAGUUACAAUGAUACAGUCCUGACAAUGAAGGCUCGGCUGAAACAGCUGGAGGUCAACAGCAAUGCUAUCGACUUUGAGCUGGUUCAUGACACAACCUUUAUAUCGAACGCCCCCGCGCCAUACCUAACCACGGCCGUGCUCGUUGCCAAGGGCAAUCCAGUUUUGCGAAUCUAG